UUGCACAAACCCAGGGACCUCCUUCCCUUCCAAAAAUACUCCAAGAAAACAAAAAACAAAAUCAAAAAACAAAACCACAAUUGCACAACACGAUAGAGCAGGAUCAGAGAGAAGAAAGAAGCAAAAGCAACCGAAACACAGAAGAAACAGAAGCAAAAGAAGAACAAAACAAACCAACGAAGAAGAAGAAGAAGAAAAAGAAGAACACGGAGAGAGAGUGUGUGAAGGUGAUGACGAUGGACAGAGAGAAGGAGAGAGAGAUAGAGCUGGAGAGUGCAAUGUACACGAAUUGCUUGUUGUUGGGUCUGGAUCCGGCGAUCAUCGGAGUCGGAGCCUCCAACGCGACUCCUCGGGUCGGGCAUUUCCGUCACUCGAACCCUAAAUUGGGGGAACAGCUUCUCUACUUCAUCCUUUCCUCUCUCAGAGGCCCAAUUCAAUCCGCAAAAGAUUUCGAUAAGGUCUGGCCGAUUUUCGAUUCCGCGCAGUCGCGUGAUUUUCGUAAGGUUGUUCAGGGGAUUAUUAGCGAGCUUGAGUCGCAGGGCGCACUUCCGAGGAGCAAUUCGAGGGUUUCUUCACUUGCUACGUGCUGUGGACCUAGGUUUGUUGAGCUUCUAUGGCAACUUUCUUUGCAUGCUUUACGAGAGGUUCAUCGACGGACAUUUACUGCUGACAUAUCUUCUAACCCAUUGCCUGCGCCAUUGACUGAUGUAGCCUUCUCACAUGCGGCUACUCUACUUCCAGUUACAAAGGCAAGAAUAGCGCUUGAAAGAAGAAAGUUUCUUAAAAAUGCAGAAAUGGCUGUACAGCGGCAGGCUAUGUGGUCUAAUUUGGCUCAUGAAAUGACUGCUGAAUUUCGUGGUUUAUGUGCUGAAGAGGCUUAUUUGCAACAAGAAUUGGAAAAACUGCAUGACUUGAGGAAUAAAGUGAAGUUGGAAGGAGAGCUCUGGGAUGAUCUUGUAUCUAGUUCAAGUCAAAAUUCCCAUUUAGUUUCAAAGGCUACUCGGCUAUGGGAGUCUUUAUUAGCUCGUAAAAGUCAACAUGAAGUUCUUGCAUCUGGUCCUAUUGAGGACUUGAUAGCUCAUCGAGAACAUAGGUAUCGAAUCUCUGGAUCAUCUUUGCUUGCAGCAAUGGACCAGAGUUCACAAGCUCCUUAUUCAGAUGUAUUAUCUGCUCAGUCUGGGGAUUUGCCUGCAAUGGAUAACAAAGAAGAGAAUGAUGGAUCACAUUUCAGCAAUGAGACAUUGACAAGAUUGGAUGACAGAACUGGAAGAGCCCACCAAACUGUUGAUGUAGCUGAGGUUAUACGGCGAUGGACCCAUGCCUUGCAACGUAUCCACAAACAAUCACUUCAUUUGGCAAAAGCGAAUGAUGGAGAGGGUCCAGAUAUAUUACGCAGUGCACAGGAAGGUGAUUCAAGUGGCCAUGCUGAGUCUUUAGCAGCAACCCUUGCAGAGCAUCAGCAGCAUUUGGCUAGCUUCCAGGUGCUUAUUAACCAACUCAAGGAUGUUGCUCCAACCAUACAGAAGUCCAUAUCUGAGUGUACAGAAAAGGUUAACUGUAUAACCUCCAAUUUACCUCCAACGAACAGACCUAAUGGUCGGUCAACGUCACCUAUCCAGACACAGAGUAGUGGGAGGAUGGACAAUAGCAAUGAUGAUGUUAGCGAUGUGACUUCUAGAAUAUCUAAUAUUCAGCUUGACAAGGUUUCUGUUAGUCCUCCCACUUUAAAGCUUCCUCAAUUAUUUAGCUUGACUCCAUCUUCUGGAAAAUCUGGAAAUGUCCAAAGGCGGCACAAUAAUGCUCCUCAAACCAGCCAAACAGAGAACCUCUCUGAUAGAAAAUCACUGGAUCCUCCUUCAAAUAACGAAGUAGAAAGUUCAGCUGAAGAUAGUGAUAGUUGCUAUGUCCACAAUUUGAAGAGGUCGGUAAGAGAAGCAGCACUGUCAUUGCGGUCAUGUAAUUCAGAAUCGUCACGGGAUAGUCAAUCUGAUGGAAGUUCUGAGCACUUCUUUGUCCCUCUUUCAGAAACUGGCUUUUCUAAUUUAGAUGCAGACAAAAGGGGAGCUUCAUUAAGGAGCAAAAGAUUAUUUGUAUCCCAAAUGGAUGAUUCUUUGCUUGAGAGUCAUGCAUCUGGUGGGCAUGGGGAGAGCAAGUUUGAUGAAUUUCCAGAUAUGUUGAAUGAUUUGGAAAGGCUUUCUGUCUCUGAUUACAACAAUGUUAAUGGUUUUCUAUCAUAUACUGGUUCAAAUUCAACAUCUGAUGCUCAGCGGUCAUUUUUUGACUUUGAGGAUUCCCAGGAUCAAGUCUUCUCACCACCUUUGCUAAUGGACUCAUCACUUUUGACAGAUCCAUUUGAAGACUUGCUGGCCCCUCUCUCCGAGACUGAAACGGCCUUGAUAGACCAUUGAAAAUUUUCUGGGCAACCUGCAAGACUUCAUUGAAGAAUCAGCAUUACUGAUGUGGUGGAUUGCUAUUCUUUUGUUGAGAUAUAUACUCCAUUAACCUUAUAUAUAACACGAUGCUUGUAUGAUUUAUUCUUGUUUGAUAUAUUUUCACCAUCUAUGACUUUGUUGAUGCCCUACUGCUACUGGGAGGAACCAUGAUGAGUGACCCGUGUUCUUCAUUGGUGAAUGAUGAUUUACUUCGGGAUGAAGAUGCUAAAAUCCAAAAUGCAAGCCUGUGUUGGAUGGUGAAGAUAGUUUGUCUUCAACCAACACUUGAAUUUACAUUCUCAUUUUCAUCCACUGGUUUGUUAUUUUAGUCCAACCAUUUUCAUCUGCUUAAGUAGACUGACGUCCCAAUGGGCCUGUUGAAAACAAAUUUGUGGAUAUAACAAAUACAGUUCUGGGCUUUCUCUGCAUCCCUCUGGCAUCCGUUUUAGUCAGUCAUCGUCUAUCCUUCGAUUGCAAUUAAUUUAUGUAUUUUGACAGUUGUGUAUCUCAUGAUCUAGGUCUUGUAUCUUCGCAAUAUAUCAGGAAUGAAACUCACGUCAUUUUAUUUUACUGUUUAGUGAUAUUGUUUUGUUUUUCUUUUCUUAAGCAACACUCCACAUGACCGAUUAGUGGAAUAUAAUUCUUUGAUUUAAUGCUA